AACCCAUCUACAGCCCAUACAUCCAGCCUCUCCCUCUCGUUUCCUCUCUGGAUCGGUCGAUCUCCACGGUGGAGAUGGUGAGGGCUUCGGCGGCGGCGGAGGAGGAGAGGAGGUGGGAGGCUCUUGCUAUUUGCCACCAUGGCGGACGUGUUUGAUCUUCCAUUGUUCGUGGAGGACGACGACGAGGAUGCGGCAGCGGCGGCGAAGCAGAGGCGGCGGGAGGAGAGCCAGAAGCCCCGGCGGCCGCGGCCUCGGGAGCCGUGGUUUCUGGACACGCCGGAGAUGAGGGAGAAGUCGGCGAGGCAUAGUGCUUUGGCGGCCAAGUAUUGGGAGCACGACCCCAAGAUGGGAAUCAGCUACUACACCCGCGCCGUUUUCUGCAACCUCACCACCUUCGACCUUGACAAGGAGACGCAAUAUGGUCCAAUGCGCUUUACAGAUUCAAUUAUCAGAGAAGACCACAGGUUGACUGGCUCGUUAAAUGUACUUUCGCUGAAGGUGAAAUCGUCAGAUGUUGGUUACCCUAUCAAUCUAUAUGGGACUGUGAUAGUCAGAGAUGGAUUAGAUUUUAACUGCAACUUCAUCUUCCGGCGCAAUAGGAACAAUUGCCAAGUUAUCCAGUCAGAGAAUGAAAAUAUAAUUCUCACGGGCCCAACUAGAGGAAUUGUUUUCCAUGAUAUCUUUUUUGAGAUAAAUUUGAAGAUUAAGGAAUAUGAAGAGUGCAAUGACAAGGAAUUUAGUAAAGGGUUGCUUGAGAUGAAGUUUCACACUCGUAAGUCUAAGAUUGUGAGUGAAACCUUUGAGAGUAGGCUCAGUGAGGUGGAACUAGUAUCUGCUUGUGUUAAGGAAGCCCUGGAGGGCACUGUUGAGAUCACGAUUCUGUCAGGACCUAAAGUUUUUCAUGGAAAAAUUAGUGCUUGCACAACAGAUGUUUCGAAUUAUAUUGUACUGUAUGAUAGCAAUGUUUGUGGUGCAACCUCAGUUGGGGAUGACAGAGUUAUGCAACUGCUGCGACGUGUUGUAGCAGUAUCAGCAAAUGAGAUAUUGAUACUGAAUAUUCAUGCCCAUAAUAUUCAUCAGAAUGAUAACGUAUCCAGUCGCACUUUGAGGUUCACUCCACUUGCUAGAGGGGCAGAUGAGGAGGUGAUCAAUUGCGAUCUUUACAAGAUGCAGGUGAAAGUUGUUUGGUCAGUCUUCAAGGGUUAGAAUAGAAUAUACUCCCUUCAUCCAAAAGUCUAAGACCUAUUUUAUUUUUUUGUUUUUAAGUCUAAGUCAUAUUUAUAGUUACUAUGUGCUAUAUUAAAAUAAUUAAAUGCUAGUCGAGGUGGAAGGUGGUGAGGUCGCACAAGCUAUCUACUCCCUCCAUCUCAUAAUAUAAGCGAUUAUUUUAAGGAUGGAAAAAAACUGCAAUACCCAUAUUAAAUGUGAUUUUGGUUGUGGUGAGUGGGUAGUUGGGGGUUAAAAUAGGUUUUGAAUUGGAGUUGAUGAAUAUGACACAAUCUUUUAUACUGUAGAAGUAGAAGGGAUAAUGGGUGUGUUUGGUUGCAAGUCACAUUUUGCCACAGUUUGCCACGCCUAAGGUUAGGCAAUUUUGACAGGUGUUUGGUUGUAGCCACAGUUGUGGCAAGAUUCCCCUCCAA